ACAUAUCUGGCCGCCGGGGCACCAAAUCCCAUGUACGAUUUUCUUCAAGAGCAUCCAUUUCUACCCGCAUAGCCGCGUUCCAUCGCGGAUCCCCAAUUGCUUGAGAAUACCGUGUCGGAAUGAAGAUCGGAGUAGUAGAGAAGCCAACAAAAUCUUGCAUACGUAGAAGUGGCUGUCCCAAGUUAGCACGUGUUGACCGACGCAAGGGAAUAAGAGGUGAGGCUGGAGGUUCAGGAUUGUCUUUGUCACUACCCUGCGAUCCGGCCGAACUUGUGGGAGAGGAAGAAAUAGAAGAUGACACUGAUCCAACCGAAGUGAACGAGUGUGAUGAAGUGGGAGAAGCUUCCUGUGAAGCACUCGAGGAAGAAGAGCUAGCAGUUGAACUGGCCCUAGAGGCUAUAUAAGGGACAGGGGGUUGCUGCACUUCAAGGAUAGGAGUCUAGAAGUCGGGCAGGGAUGUGAGAAAUUCCAAUGAUGAUGCCGAGCUGGCCUCAGCAUGCGAUGAGGUAUAGUACAUAGUCGUCUCAAGAAACUUCACAUGAUAUCCCACUCUCAUAAGACGAACAACGAGAUCAUAACAUAGAUAUCCCUUGUGUUUGUAACUAUACCCGACAAACACGCACCGCGCCACUUUAGGCGCUAACUUAUGACGAUCCUUCUUGGGCAACAAAACGUAACAUGUGCAGCCAAAGACCCGAAGAAAAGAAUAGUCUGGAA